AACCAGAGAGCCAUAGUGAGAGAAGGUGGAGGAGGAGGAGAGGAGAGCCUUGAAACCUCUGCGGUGCAGAGCUGGAAAAGCUGCUUCUCAGCGAAAAAAGAAAGAAAGAAAGAAAGAAAAUCAGACGCCCUGUAUUUUACAAGCGAUUCUUUUUCCUGGAGAAAAACAAAACAAGGGACUUACAAGCAAGAAAGUUGCGACGAGGACUGGCGCCCGUUUCAGCCAACAAACCUGGUAUUUUCUUUGUUUCUUUUUUUAAUUUAUGUGUUUGUGUGAAGACAUUUCUACUGAAGGGACUUUUUUUUAUUUUUGUUGUGCACUGAGACGCGUUGCUUUCUACCUCCUGCAGAAGUAGGCUACAUGACGCAAACCUUAUGUGCACAACCUUAGUCUGAAACUUUUCCUCCACUACUUUUUUUUCGGUUUUCUUUUUUUUCUUUUCUUUUUUUCUCUCCUCACCGCCACUCAAACUCACGCGGGGAGUUUCAUGCUACAGCAAGUCAGUGCGCAGCGCUGGAUGAGCCUCAAGAACUAUUGCAUGAAACACGAGCGGAGAGAAGAGACGCUGAUUAAAAGUAAGACCGUUUUUGCGACGCUCGCGAGUCUGCAAAAGAGCCGCGACGGCAACAUGAGCGCGGAUCUGAGUAUGGGUCCGGAGCUACCCAGCAGCCCUCUGGCUCUGGAAUAUGUCAACGAUUUUGACCUGAUGAAGUUUGACGUGAAGAAGGAAGGCCUGGCCGGGCUGGAGCGCGGCGGGGUGCGCCAGUGCAACCGCCUCCAACCGCAGGGUUCAGUGUCCUCCACUCCCAUCAGCACACCCUGCAGCUCGGUGCCCUCAUCGCCCAGCUUCAGCCCCACGGAGCAGAAGAACCACCUGGAGGAGCUGUACUGGAUGCCCAGCAGCGGCUACCAUCAGCAGAUAGACCCGCAGACGCUGAGUCUGACCCCGGAGGACGCGGUGGAGGCCCUGAUUGGGUCCACGGGGCACGGCCACCCUCCGCCUCCGCAUGUGCAGCAGCAGCUGCAGCAGCAGGGCGCCUUCGACGGCUACAGGAACCCGCACCACCACCACAGCCACCACGGCCACAACCAGCAGCACCAUCACGCAUACGCGGGGGGGCUCCCGCACCACGGCGAGGAACUGUCCGGACACCCGGGCGCGCACAGUCACCCACACAGCCAGCACCACCACCACCACAGCCAGGACCCCGACAGCCCGUCCCCGGAGUCCCCGGACCCCAACCAGCCGCUGCACCACCACCACCACCGCCACCACCACCACCACCACGGCCACCUCAGCCAGUCCGGCGGCGGCGGCGGCCUCAACGUGGAGGACCGCUUCUCCGACGACCAGCUCGUGUCCAUGUCGGUGCGGGAGCUGAACAGACACCUGCGCGGCUUCAGCAAGGACGAGGUGAUCCGCCUGAAGCAGAAGAGGCGGACCCUGAAGAACCGGGGCUACGCGCAGUCCUGCCGGUUCAAGCGCGUGCAGCAGAAGCACGUGCUGGAGAACGAGAAGACGCAGCUGAUCAACCAGGUGGAGCAGCUGAAGGCGGAGAUCGGCCGCCUGGCGAGGGAGAGGGACGCCUACAAACUCAAGUGCGAGAAACUGACCGGGUCAGGGGCCAGUAACGGCUUCCGCGAGGCCGGGUCCACCAGUGACACCCCGUCAUCGCCAGAGUUCUUCAUGUGAGUUGUCAAACAAACAAAAAAAACAAACUCUUCCUUCACCCUCCUCAUCCUCACCACCACCUUCUCCACCUCCAGUCCACGAACGACUGAACUGACUAUGAUGAGCAUAGAAAAACAAUAAUAAUCCACUCUUUCCCCCCCCCCCCUCCCUCUGCCCUGUUUAUGAUUAUACGAGUAACAAUUAUAUUCAUAUUAGAAAAAGAAAUAAUCCACCAACUAGUACUCGCUCUCGUGUGUAACCAUCUCUCCAUCCACGUGACAACUGAGAUACAAAGUGCAACUGUUCUAGUGCGAUGAUGAUGAUGACGAUGAUGAUGAGUCGCAGCAUCUUUGUAGUAUAGUUGCUUGUAGUGAAGAGACUUUUUUAUAUAUAUUUUUAAUUUCCUUCUUCAAACAAGAGGAUCCUGGCUGAUGAACUUUUUUUCUUUUUGUUCUUUUAUUUGUUUCCUUUCUCUCUCUCCUUUAAAUAAUCCUUCCUGUAAUGAGUAUAGUGUGGGAUGGCGCGUGCAGGUCAUAGAGUUGUCAUGUAAUUGUGUUCAUCUGAAAAAGGAGGACAUUCUUAUGGAACAACAAGUAGCUACAAAUCCACACAAGUGUCACCCCCCCCCCCCCCCCCCCCCCCCAAUCUUAGACUCCACCACACUUUAUGCAAAAUUUUGAACUUCUAAACCCGUCACUGCACUGGGAGGGUAACGGAGGGAGGGAGGGAGGGGAGGCGAGGGAGGGGGACAUUUUAUGCAACAUCUCAUUGAUUUUAAAUUGCCUGCUUGGUUAUAUUCGAAUAUAUAUAUUAAAAAGAAAAAAGGGGGAUUAAAAAGUUAAAAAAAAACAAACACCUGCAUUAAAUAUUAAUCCUGCAUGCUGGACAUGUACGGUAAUAAUUUCUAUUUUGUACCUUCCAUCUUUCUCGUGUAUAUUAAGAGCAUGUUGUUGAUCUGCGCUUCUCUAUAGUUUCCUCUUGUGUUGUUUUGAAAGAGAUGAGCAGGGGACAGAACAGCAGGACUGACGGUGCAGUGUCAUAUAUACGGUGUAGGGUUUUCUUCUUGUUUUUUUGGUUUGAGCUUGUAAAUAUUAUGCAACCGCAAAACAACUGCACAACAAGAUUAGAGGAGGCUGGUUUGAACUUCUUUCAUUCUUCGUGUUGUGUGUGUGUGUUUUUUUUUCCAUUAGUUUUUAUGAUUUUUUUCCUAAAGAAAAAAAAGUUGAGAGGAGAGGAGUUGCAUCAUUUUUUUUUCUCGUUUAAAUUCAGCAAACUUUGUGUGUCAAGUGCACUUUUUUGGAUGAUUUUCUUUUUUUUUUCUUUUUUUAAACAAAAAGUUUUCAUUUUGACUUUUGUGCAGACCUCCCUCCAGGAAGACGUACUAUGAUGCUAUAUUGUAAUAUACAUAAGUGGGACUUGCUCAUGGGUGCAACAUUUCAAGAGCAAAUAUUUGUGACAUAAUGUUUGUCACAAUGUGGGUUUUUUUUUUGUUUGUUUGUGUAAUUGUUUCAAAAAAAAAAUCCAAAUGUUCUUUUGCCUUCUCCAUCAACCGAACCACUCCUCUCAUUUUGAAUUGGCCACCACCUGUAGCACAUUUCCACUGGACCUAUACUAUUAAUAAUAAGGAUUUAUAUUUUUUAACAAUGUUUUAGUAUGAUACAAAAAAAAAACCAACAAAAAAACGUCAGGGCUUUUAUGUAGAGUUCAUAUUUAGAUAACGCGAGCGUUUGAAUACAAAGUUUGACUCUUAUUGCUCUCUAUGUUUUCCUGAUUUGAUUUUUUUCCUGCAGGUCAGUAAAAAAAAGGGGACACAGGUUGUGCAAAUUCUCAAAAUGAAAACAACAUGUACGUUAUAUAUAUGUGUGUGUGUGUGUUUUUGUGUUUUUUUAUUAUUAUUAUUGUUAUUAUUAUUAUUAUUAUUAUUUGAUGAUGAUUCUGGUUCUGCUGGCCAGAUGCAUAGUUUAAAAAAAAAAGAAAACCAAGACAAAGUUUUUAUUUUAAUGAUUUAAAUUAACAGAAAAAAAAACUGUCAGAUCAUAUCAUAAGCAUGGUGCUUGCAUUUGAAAAAGAAUAUUGUUGAAAAGUCACGCAUUUAACAAUCUUUUUUAUUAUUAUUGUUAUUGUUUGUUUCGGGAGGGGGGGGUUCGUUACUGAUUCAACUGUGUUGAAAUCAAACUGAAACUGCAGCAGCGGGUUUGUUCUGUGUUUGUUUUUCCGCCUAUUCCAUGAUAAUGAUGAUGAUGAUGUACUUUGCGAUUGAUGAUGCUGGGGAUCAAUUUUCAAUCCUGUUUAUAUAUAUUAUGAGUAAUAGUUAAAACACUUAAAUUUGAACUGUUCCAUUCAGGCUGGUUUCUGUUUCGUCUUAUUUUUUCGAUUGUUCUUGGAAGAAAUUGUUUCCUAUUUUGCUUAUUAAAGUCAUUGAAAUGGCAAUAACUAC